AUGGUGAACGAUUUCGGUGGAAGAAGGCAUCCAGCGAAUUUUUUAAACCUGCAGUCGAAAAAGGGCGGCGAAGUGUGGUCCAAAUGUGGCCGGCCCCUCGGCGGCAGGGGCACUUUUAUUAUCCAAUACCAGCGCUGCACGGCUCGUGGAGAUUGA